GAAGGAAGACAUUCUCUAUGAAUACACGUCAAAAUUGGAAUAUGAACAAUUUGCACAAUUUGCACAUUCUUUUAUUAUUGACACAUCAGAUGUCAAUAUCAAGGACUUGUUUGCAAAAAUCGAAUGGGAACGUUAA